GUGGUAAUGAAACUCUCUACUUGAUGAAGCAGCCUUCUUGUUCUUAUUUUUGGCUACAGUGUCAUGUCAACUUCAGGGAUUUUAGAAAACAGAUAUCACUGGUCAACAGUCACGGCGUGUGAAAUUAACCCACACCUUUCUUAGUGUCAUUCCAUGUUCACCUACCCAUUUUAUUCUACAAAUGCAUGAGUGAAUUUGAUUGCUGUGUGUGUUGCAGGCGUGAGGAGAGCUGAGGCUGCCUGAGUGAGGAGCAUUGCUAGGGAAGGAAGGAAGGCAUUACUACAAUGGCUGAAGAAGAGAAUGUGAAGGUGGCGGUUUGGGUCCGGCCAAUGAAUAAGCGGGAGCUGGGACGAAAGGCCAAGUGCGUAGUGAGCAUGAAGGGAAAUAUCACCACGGUCACCAACCCUGAUGACUCGGCCGAUGUCAAGUCCUUCACCUACGACUACUCUUACUGGAGCUUUGACGGCUGCAAGGAGGAGCCCAAUGGCUACUUUGCCAAGCAGUCACCCAACUCCAAGUAUGCUGAUCAGAACACGGUGUACAAUGAUCUGGGAGGUGGAGUCUUAGCAAACGCCUGGGCUGGUUAUAACUCCACACUGUUCGCUUAUGGGCAGACAGGCUCGGGAAAAUCUUGGUCUGUCAUUGGAUAUGGAUCCAAUAAAGGAAUCGUGCCAUUGUUCUGUAACGAUUUAUUUAAUGGCAUCACACAAAACACAGAGGAGAAGGAGUUUGAAGUGAGGUUCAGCAUGUUGGAGAUCUACAAUGAGGUAGUUCAUGACCUGCUCAACCCCACCAAGAGCAAGAAAGGCCUCAAGGUCCGCCAACACCCGAAGAAAGGCUUCUAUGCUGAAGGCCUCAAGCUGGCUCUGGUCACCAACUACAACGAAAUUGAGCAGAAGAUGAACGAGGGCACCGUCAACCGCACCAUCGCCUCCACCAACAUGAACGCCACUUCAUCCCGCGCCCACACCAUCGUUGGCAUCACCGUCAUACAGAAAUUCAAAAACAAUGCUGGACAAGAAACAGCAAAGCAGGCCGUUGUGAACUUGGUGGAUCUGGCUGGCAGUGUUUACUUUGUAGACAGAAUAGCGACGGAGGAAGGGAGAGGCAGAAACAAGCAAAGAAUUCCAGAGUUAACGAGUGACCCACCACCCCAACUGCUAACCAGUGUGCUGAGAGACGAAAUCCAGUGA